UUUGUUGAAGCCUGAUUCCAUUCAGCUGGAACUGGGAAGAGAGAGCGUAGUCGCUUUAAUGCGGAAGAAAAAAAAAUCUGUUCAAUCAGGCUUGAAAAAAAAAACUUGUCGAUGAAAGGAAAUCCUAGAGGAAAGCAAAAACUAGGGAACAAAAUCUAACCUCAAAGUCAUUCGUAGCAGGUUGAAUCCGAUGGAAAUGAAAAAAAUCUAAACAAUGAUACUGUAUUAAGAAGGUGCAAUGAUCUUUGGUAUUUUGCUCGUGAUGACGUAUUUGGUGAUAUCACAACUACAAGAAAGUGUGUACGAUCAAAAGAAAAAAAAUUACUUCAUGAAUUCUGGUUUAACUUUUUGCUUGUUUGAACUCACCUGAUAAAUACUCUGCUUCUGAGUAGAAUUUUGCCACCGUGUAUAUUAUGGCACAGACCUAUCGGUACGAAAUGCGAAAAGAAAAUGAAAAGGCCUUUCCAUUAGACGCACUGACGUUUGGGUUUAUUUACUUAAAUGCGUGCAUGCUCUGAAAUUUUACGAAGAAGUGUCGAAAUAUCCAACAAACAGUUGCUUUGGAAAUAUUGAAAAGUUUGGGAAAGGAAUACUACAUCUUUUGAAACUCUUCUGGUUAAAGAAUUCGUUCUCAGAAAGCUACAUGAUUCGAUCGCUAGGACUGCAACUGCAGGCAUUCGACUAUGCCGCCCACACAGAUGAUGUUGGUAUCGAGUGGCGCAAGUGGCUACGGUCAUUCGAAACCAUGAUUCGAGCCAGCCGCAUUGAAGACGAAGAUUGGAAAAAAGAUUUGCUGCUUCAUCAUGCUGGUCCAAGUGUUCAACAACUCUUUGACACUCUGCCGGAGCCAGCCGGAAUUGAAAUGCGUGGACCCUUGCUGAACAUCGAGCAUUACACCCCAAACAUGUCCAGCUAUGAGGAAGCCAAAGUACGGCUGAAUGAAUUCUUUCUACCAAAAGAAAACUCUACUUACGAGCGCCACUUACUACGGCAAAUGAAGCAGAAGUCCGGUGAAAAUAUCGAUGCGUUCAUGAUCAGAUUGCGAGUACAGGCAGAACGAUGCGGGUUUGAAGACCGGAUGGAGGAGAACAUUAAGGAUCAAAUUAUUCAAAACUGUGAAUCAGCAGCUUUACGAAGGGAUUUAUUGAAAAGAGGUGAUGCAAGCCUGGAGGAGGUGCUAAGUGUGGCAAAGAUUUUUGAGACGGUCGCCCAACAAGAGAAAUCAUUUGCCCCGGCUCGGCCGUUGCUGAGAUUCCUAAGCCAGCAGUAA